GGAGGUGGUCAGUGCUAAAGUACAGCGACGCUGAAAACAUAGAAGACGCGGAGGUCUUCCGGCUGUGUAGUUGUUGUUGUCGAACUUUGCAUAUCGUAACAAGAAGAUGGCAGAUAAUAGGGAGAAAGCAACCGAUCAAAUGAAAUUCUGGAAGCAGAGUCGGGGGACUCAGAAACCAGAUGUGCUGACCACAGGGGCAGGUGUGCCGAUUGGGGACAAGCUGAAUGAGAUGACAGCUGGCCAGCGUGGGCCUCUGUUGGUCCAAGAUGUGGUGUUCACCGAUGAAAUGGCUCACUUUGACCGGGAGCGCAUUCCGGAGAGAGUGGUGCAUGCUAAAGGCGCUGGAGCAUUUGGCUACUUUGAGGUGACCCAUGACAUCAGUCGUUUCUGCAAGGCCAAGGUGUUUGAGCAUGUGGGCAAGACCACACCAAUAGCCAUCCGCUUCUCCACUGUAGCGGGGGAAUCUGGAUCUGCAGACACGGUGAGAGACCCGCGGGGCUUCGCCGUCAAGUUCUACACGGACGAGGGGAACUGGGAUUUGACUGGAAACAACACACCCAUCUUUUUCAUCAGGGAUGCUCUUCUGUUCCCCUCCUUUAUCCACUCCCAGAAGCGCAACCCCCAGACCCACCUGAAAGACGCAGACAUGGUGUGGGACUUCUGGAGCCUGCGGCCCGAGUCCCUGCAUCAGGUGUCAUUCCUGUUCAGUGACCGGGGUCUUCCUGAUGGCUACCGACACAUGAAUGGCUACGGCUCCCACACUUUUAAACUGGUCAACACUGAAGGCCACCCAGUCUACUGCAAGUUCCAUUUCAAGACGGACCAGGGCAUCAAAAACAUGAAGCCAGAGGACGCUGAUCGCAUUGCAGCCACUGAUCCUGACUAUGCCAUCCGAGACCUCUACAAUGCUAUCUCCGAAGGGAACUUCCCUUCCUGGACCACCUUCAUCCAGGUCAUGACCUUUGAACAGGCAGAGAAGUUCCCCUUCAACCCGUUUGACCUGACCAAGGUACGCUCUCCAACUUCAUUAGUCAUCGUUACAUAAGCACUUCUAGUGGGAUAUAUAUAUAUGCUAUACCA